CGACUUCGCAGGCAACACCCAACACCUCAAUCAAGACUGAUCACAGCCUCAAUCUCGCCACGAGAUAUCGGCAACGAUUGCUUUCAGCUCAUUUUAUCAAUUUUCGAACGGAGCUGGUGUACGGUGUCCAAAUUCCCUACGCCGGCUCCUCUUCACAGACUUGUGGCGGGAAGAACCGGACCUAUCGACGGCAUCAGCUCGUGAGAUCACACGCACUCUGCAAGGCUGCCACGAGAAUCGCGGCUAGGUCACCCGCCUCUUGGAUCUGUCUACCCAAGACCACAGGAUAGCAGAGCUUGUACCAUCACGGCAUCAAAGUAAUCGCAGUCGUGCCAGUCUGAUUCCGCGUUUCAGAUUCCCCACAUCGCUCAUUGUUUUCAACUGAGUGACCUCCUGGAUAAAAACGCGUCACUGCGAGACCUAUAUCGAUAAGAAUAGUGGAAACUUGUCGUAAAUCCUGAAAUAAGUUUUGAUCCGCGAGCAAAUAUGGAUGACGAGCGGUUGAUCGGCGAUGUCAACCGCAAGAUCGAGCGGGAGAAAGCCCUGAUCAAUGGUGCCAAUGCUGUUCGCAACUCUUCGAACAAUCCUGCCGUCAAACAGCGCGCGGAAUCCCAGAUCCAUGAAGGACACAAAAAUAUCACUUACCUUGAGGGGCAACUGAAAGUACUGCAGUCGCGAAGGCUUGGUCAUAGUAUGGAUAAUUUGUCCAUAGCCUCUGGUGCCGAUGGCAGUCAGUAUGCGGGACCAAGCGGCGGGUCACCUCAACGAGGGACAAGAGGGGGCGUCCCUCCAGGGCAACAAGGUUCUUCCAUAGAUGGCCGUGGCAGUUUUGGAACUGAUGCGGCGGACUACGGAGACCCAGGCCCAGGUGGAUACAGUAGUCAGCUGGGAACGGGGCAUAUGAUGCCUCCGCGUCCGCCGUUCACGCCCCCGGCUCCAACCGUGGGAAUACCCAAGGCCAGGCCCAAUUACAGCAAGCUUGAUCUUAUCAAAUACGAUACUCCUUACCUCGGUCCUCGCAUUCAACUCAUGCUUUCUCAGCUUGAGUUCAAACUCAGUGUGGAGAAGCAAUACAAGGAAGGAAUUGAGAAAAUGGUUCGUCUGUACCAGAUCGAAGGGGACAAAAAGAGCAAAGCAGAUGCCGAGGGACGGCGCAUUGAGAGCGCUCAGAAAAUCCAACUUCUCAAGCAAGCGCUCAAGCGGUACGAAGACUUGCACGUUGAUAUUGAAAGCGCAACCGACGCUCCUGAUGAUGAUAGCAUUAAUACCCCCAACCUUCGCAAGCCCUUGACUGGCCAUCUUUCGCUCCGUAUACAUGCAAUCAGGGAUGUGGAUCAUGCAGCGACAGGAAGGUUCGCCAGAGGCCCGGAGACGUUUGUCAUGAUCAAAGUCGAAGAUGCAUUCAAGGGCCGAACCAAAUCUACCCGCACGGGACGGUGGCCAGACGAAGUCCACGAGCUCGAUAUCGAUAAGGCAAAUGAGAUAGAGCUUACCGUGUACGACAAGGCUGGGGAUCAUCCGCUGCCAAUUGGUAUGCUCUGGAUCAGAAUCUCAGAUAUUGCAGAGGAAAUGCGCCGGAAAAAGAUUGAGACGGAAUUCAACAACUCUGGUUGGGUUUCGGCCGAUAAAAUGCAAGACGGCGGAAGCGCGUCAAGACAGGACUCUCAAUAUGGCCAGACGCCUGGGCAACCGCAUGCCCCCCCUGCUUCUGCUGGAAUCAACCCAGCGCCGACCUUCAACGUAUCCGCUGGUCCUGGUCAAGCGCCAAUCUCUAUUGAUGCUUGGUUUGCGCUCGAGCCGGUUGGCCAAAUACAUCUGAGUAUGAGUUUUGUUAAACAAUUGAACAAUCGUCGACCAUUAGAUUUCGGCUUGAACCGCAAGGGAGCUAUUCGCCAGCGGAAAGAGGAGGUCCACGAGACCUUCGGUCACCGAUUCGUCACCCAGCAAUUCUAUAACAUUAUGCGCUGCGCGCUUUGUGGCGAUUUUCUCAAAUAUGCCGCUGGUAUGCAGUGUGCUGACUGCAAAUAUACCUGCCAUAAAAAGUGUUAUUCAAAGGUUGUGGUGAAAUGCAUCAGCAAGUCGAAUGCGGAAGCCGAUCCCGAAGAAGAAAAGUUAAACCACCGCAUACCGCAUCGCUUUGAAGGUUUCUCUAAUAUGGGAGCUAAUUGGUGCUGUCACUGUGGCUAUAUUCUUCCUCUUGGAAGCAAAAAGAACUGUCGCAAGUGUACAGAAUGUGGUCUUACUUGUCAUACGCAAUGCGCCCAUUUGGUCCCUGAUUUUUGUGGGAUGUCCAUGGAGGUGGCCAACCAAAUACUUCGAGAGAUUCGAACUACCAAGAAACGCCAGACUACAUCUUCAAUGAAUUCCGUUUCGUCCAUGAGCUCAAGGACGCUAAGACCAGGUGGGCGCCCUACUCCCCCUCCACCAUCUCAGCCAUCUUAUGCCCCUCCCCCAGGCCAAGAACAACCCG